AUUUCAUUUUAAGCAUUUUAGCGAAUUGAUUAAAUUAUCUUUUAAAACCUUGAUCUUUUAAUAUUUAUAUUAUAUAUAAUGGGUAAAGACGAAAGUUCUAAAAAACGCCGUAAAUUAAAUAACAGUAAUUCAAGUGAACCAAUUAGACAAACGCCAGUAGAUGUGUAUAAGCGUGUGGUGGAAUUUGAAGAAACAGAAGCACAAAUUCGACCAGCUGACAAGGAUGCUGUUUUGUUUAAAAAGAUAUGUCAAGAUAUCCGUGACCUGUUUUCUGACAUAGUGGCCCUAAAAGCGAAGAAUACCGAAGAGGCUAAAGAUAAAAUUAAUGCAAAACGAAUAGAAGCAUCACUACAUUUAGUAGCUUUGAAGAAGCUCAAUAGGCUUGAGAAAGUACGUACAAGAGCAGGUCGUGAUGCCCUUCACAAGGAGAAGCAGAGGGUAGACUCUACACAUCUACUUCUACAGAAUUUAUUAUAUGAAGCGGAUCAUCUUAAUAAAGAAGUCACAAAGUGCCUUCAGUUUAAAUCAAAGGAUGAAGAGAUUGAGUUGGUUCCCAUAGAAGAUUUUUAUGAAAAUGCACCUACUGAAAUAUCUCGACAAGAAGUAACUAAAACUGAUGAGCAUCAACUACAGCUAGCAAGAUUAGAGUGGGAGUUACGUCAGCGUCGUGAAUUGGCUGGUGCAUGUAAUGAACUUGUAGCAUCUAAAGAGAGAGUGGCAGCUGCCAUUGCUGCUACUCGUUCUCGACUUGAAGCUCUGGCACCACAUCUUAAAGAUGUGCUUAAGUCCACUAAACCACUUCAGGAAUGCUUAGCUCUCAGAUUAGAUGAAAAACGAGAUGAAGCCAGAGCUGCAUCUCUCCUUCCACUGCCUUUAUUUCUGCUUUAUGCAAAUGGAAGCGCAUAUUCUGAUGCACUGGGUGCCAAAACUGUCACAGUUGGUAUAUCUGGAGAUGAAGAUGACGCACGAAGGUUGGAACAACUUAGUAUUGUAGAUUCUGAGUUGGUUAUAUCAAAUGAUUCUGAUUCAGACCAGGAAAAUAAUGACGACGAGCACAGAGAUAAAAAGAAACGACAUCACAGAUCUUCUAAGAUAUCGAAAGAAGAAAAGGCGGAAGCUAAAAAGAAGGCAGUGCUUAGGAAACAUCCACUCAGUAUUCAGCUGUCAGUGAAAGUUGCAGAUGGCACAGCAUUAAAUUUAGUGUUUUCCUAUCUUCUACAUUUAAAGUUUGUAGUUGUGAAAUUUACUGUUACACUACCAAAACCUGUCACUGGAGUGUCAGCUGCUGAUGUUCUAAGUGGUCACUGUAUACUAAAUGAGCUUUACCCAGCUGAUACAGGGAAUGAUUCUCCUCAUCCAGCUACCACAUACUUGUUGAAUAGUGCAGGAAUAAAAGAAGAUUUCAAUUAUUUUAUUUCUGAAGUUGGUAGACCAUACAUCUGGGCUCAGAGAAUGUGCGGCUUAGAUUUUAUGGCUGCUGUUUUAGAUAAAAAUAAAUCUAACAAAGUUGUUCAGCCAUGUCAGAGUCUAAGUGUAACUACAGUUGAAAACUUCAUUUUGACGUUGAAGAAACGAUUAAAAUCAAGAGUAGAAUUGAUGAAGGAAUUGCAGGAUUUAGAAUCGGGAAAAAUCUUGUCUGUAAAAGGGAAUAUGCCCCUACGAUUAUCCGGAUCUUUGACACAAUGGCAAUCAGUUGGAUGGCCAGAAUACAGUCAGUCCCCAUCUACAGCUUUUCUAAUAUCUGAAGGAGUUGUCAAUAAUAAUGAUAUGUUGUAUCGUGCCAUUAUUACAAGGCAAUCUGCUAAAUUAGUAGCAUUGGUAGCUCUUAGAAGUGACUACCCGAAAAAAGCUCCAAUUUUUUCUCUCACACUUUAUUGGAAUGGUACUCAUCAUUCAGGUAUAAAUGAUGACAUUAGGGAUAUUGAAAGAGUGAUAAAUACACAAUGGAUUGCUGAAGACAAUAAGCAGACUACUUUAUCAUUACAAAUGACUAAACUAUUGACAUACCUUGACAUUUUAUUAGAAACGACAGGAUCUUCAGAAUUUCCACCAGAUAAAGUAAUGUUAUUCCCAUUUCGGGGUCGUAACAGAAUGAAACCAUAUAAAUUUUUAAAGCAAGGAACCGGUGUGUUUGUUCAAUUCUAAUAUUUUUUUUAAGUACCUAAUCAUUUGUAUUUCUUAGAGUAGUUAAAAUGAAUAAUUUAAAA